AUGACGCAGAGCGACCAGGCUCGCCCCAUCCCCAAUAACCCUUCAGACGACUAUGCCUUUCCCGAAAUCCGACUGAAGACCAAGAUGGACGACCCGGAGAAGACACCGCUGCUGCUGGUCGCUUGUGGUUCUUUCUCGCCCAUUACCUAUUUGCAUCUGCGCAUGUUCGAGAUGGCUGCCGAUUACGUCAAGUUCAGCACCGACUUUGAGAUAAUCGGGGGAUAUUUGUCGCCGGUGUCGGAUGCCUAUCGCAAGGCUGGUCUGGCCAAUGCUGAGGAUCGUAUUGCCAUGUGCCAACUCGCCGUGGACCAGACUUCCGACUGGCUGAUGGUGGACACCUGGGAGCCUCUGCAGAAGGAAUACCAACCGACCGCUGUGGUGUUGGACCAUAUUGACUAUGAGAUCAACACUGUGCGACAGGGUGUCGAGGCUGGCGAUGGUACUCGCAAGCCCGUUCGCGUCGCUCUCUUGGCCGGUGCCGACCUGGUUCAUACCAUGUCGACCCCUGGUGUGUGGAGUGAGAAGGAUUUGGAUCACAUUCUGGGCAAAUACGGGUCCUUCAUCGUCGAGCGCAGCGGAACCGACAUCGACGAAGCCCUCGCAGCCCUUCAACCAUGGAAAGACAACAUAUAUGUCAUUCAACAACUUAUCCAGAACGACGUCAGCAGUACAAAGAUCCGACUGUUCCUGCGACGUGAGAUGAGCGUCCGCUACCUGAUCCCAGUCCCGGUCAUCCACUACAUCGAACAACACCACCUCUACGAAGACGAAGGUUCGACCGGUGUCUCUGACAAAGGCAAGGCCAAGCAAGACAUCAGUGGCUCAGCAUGA